AUGUCCAGUACAGAUGAAGAAAGUGAUAUAGAAACAGCCGCAAAACGCCAUUUGACAGAAACAGAACAACAACAAAAGAAAAGAAUCGAGAAAAAUGGAAGAUCUACUAAUCCAACUACGAAUGGAGUUUUGGAUACAACAGAAAAUUCUUCACAACAAAGAACAAAAAUUUAUUCGAGACGAUAUGCAAUGCUUACAAUGUUUAUUCUCCUUUCCGCCUCAAAUGCCAUGCAAUGGAUAGAAUACAGCAUAAUAGCACACAUAAUUCACGCAUAUUAUAAUGUUGAAUAUACAACUGUAGAUUGGACAUCAAUGAUUUAUAUGCUCACUUAUAUGUUGGUUUUUGGAUAAAUAUGGC